UACUGAGUUGAAAAGUGUGAAAUAAACCGCAUGCGCAUAAAUUUUAAGUAAACAUUUGGUUAUUCUUCGCUUCCUGGUAAACAAAGUUAUCAGUCAUUUCUCUAAUAAAGCAGGCAUCUUUGAUGAACGAACAUGCCUGAAAUCAAAGUAACACCGCUGGGUGCUGGACAGGAUGUCGGCCGCAGCUGCAUCCUGGUCUCUAUCGGAGGUAAAAACAUCAUGCUUGACUGUGGCAUGCACAUGGGAUACAACGAUGAUAGACGCUUCCCAGACUUUUCUUACAUCACCCAGAAUGGGCGUCUGACAGACUUUUUGGACUGUGUAAUCAUCAGCCAUUUCCACCUGGACCACUGUGGAGCUUUGCCCUAUAUGAGUGAGAUGGUGGGCUUUGAUGGACCCAUCUACAUGACCCAUCCAACCAAGGCGAUUUGUCCCAUUUUGCUGGAAGAUUUCCGAAAGAUCACUGUUGACAAAAAGGGAGAAACUAACUUCUUCACCUCGCAGAUGAUCAAAGACUGCAUGAAGAAAGUAAUACCGUUGAACCUCCACCAAACGGUCCAGGUGGAUGAUGAGCUGGAGAUUAAGGCGUACUAUGCAGGUCAUGUUCUGGGUGCUGCAAUGGUGCACAUCAAAGUGGGCUCAGAGUCUGUGGUCUACACUGGUGACUACAACAUGACGCCAGAUAGGCAUUUAGGCGCGGCGUGGAUUGAUAAGUGCCGCCCGGACAUCCUUAUCUCAGAGUCGACGUAUGCCACUACUAUCCGUGACUCAAAAAGAUGCAGAGAGAGGGACUUCUUGAAGAAAGUCCAUGAAACCAUAGAAAGAGGAGGAAAGGUUCUCAUUCCAGUUUUUGCACUUGGAAGAGCACAAGAACUCUGUAUCCUGUUGGAAACAUUUUGGGAGAGAAUGAACCUCAAGGCUCCAAUCUAUUUCUCCACUGGUCUGACUGAGAAAGCUAAUCACUACUACAAGCUUUUCAUAACGUGGACCAACCAGAAGAUUCGAAAAACCUUUGUACAGAGAAACAUGUUUGAGUUUAAGCAUAUCAAGGCUUUUGAUCGCUCCUAUGCUGAUAAUCCUGGCCCUAUGGUGGUGUUCGCCACACCGGGUAUGCUGCAUGCAGGGCAGUCUUUGCAAAUCUUCAAGAAAUGGGCUGGAAAUGACAAAAACAUGGUAAUAAUGCCUGGGUAUUGUGUACAAGGAACAAUUGGUCACAAGAUCCUAAAUGGACAGCGAAAACUGGAGAUGGAAGGGAGAGCAACGUUGGAGGUGAAACUCCAAGUGGAGUACAUGUCCUUUAGUGCCCAUGCAGAUGCCAAAGGCAUCAUGCAGCUGAUCCGUAUGGCAGAGCCUCGUAACAUGCUGCUCGUGCAUGGCGAGGCAGCAAAAAUGGAGUUCCUUAAGGGAAAGAUAGAGCAGGAGUUCAGUGUAAACUGCUAUAUGCCAGCCAAUGGGGAGACGGCGACCGUGGUGACAAACCCCAGCGUGCCGGUGGACAUCUCACUUAAGCUGCUCAAGAGGGAAAUGGCUCUUGGAGGGCCCCUUCCUGAUCCCAAAAAACCUCGCACCAUGCAUGGAACCCUGAUCAUGAAAGAAAAUAGUCUGAAGCUGGUGUCUUCAGAGCAGGCCCUGAAGGAGUUGGGCCUGAAUGAACAUCAGUUGCGUUUCACCUGCCGGGUGCAGCUCCAGGACCCACACAGCGACCCCGACACACUUCAUAGAAUCUACACACAUCUCAAGAGCAUUUUAAAAGGUUACACGAUCCAGCACCUCCCUGAUGGCACAGUCAUGGUGGAGUCCAUAGUCAUCAAAGUGUCAUCCUCUACUGAAGACGUUAACGCCAAAGUUCUCCUGCUUUCCUGGAGUUAUCAGGAUGAGGACCUCGGAAGUUUCCUUUCCAAUCUGCUGAAAAAAGGGCUUCCAUCUGGGCUAUGAUGAAAUAUCUUCUGUUCCAAA